UUUAUAAUCACUUGGCCUCCCCAACCAUCGCCACCCACAAGACAAACUUCAACAGUAGAAAGAAAGCCAGAAAAAUGAAGAACCGCUGGAUUGAGCUGCUCUUGCUCUGUGUCUGUCUCUUGAGGUUUUCUUCUAUGGUGUCACCAUUGGACCAGAGCAGAGAGUUCAGUGAGGCCAAGAACUUUGAGGGCUCAUCGGAUCUUGUCGACCUUCAGUACCACAUGGGUCCUGUUCUUGCAUCUCCCAUCAACCUUUACAUCAUAUGGUAUGGCCAUUGGAACCAAAACCAGCAAGCCACCAUAAGAGAUUUCAUCUAUUCUCUCUCCUCUCCAUCAUCCUCCGCCUCUUAUCCUUCAGUCGCCGACUGGUGGCGCACCGUCCGGCUCUACACCGACCAGACCGGGUCCAACAUCACUGGCAACUUCGUCCUUUCCGGGGAGUUCUACGACUUCAAAUACUCCCACGGAGGUUACCUCAGCCGCCUGGACAUCCAGUCCAUCAUCAAAAACUCUGUCACCACUUCAGAUCCGCACACUCUGCCACUCAAUCCUCACAAUGGCCUCUACUUAGUCCUCACCUCCACUGAUGUCCAAGUCCAGGAUUUCUGCCGCGCCGUGUGUGGGUUCCACUAUUUCACGUUCCCCACGAUCGUCGGCGUCACCAUUCCUUAUGCAUGGGUUGGCCACAGCGGGACCCAGUGCCCCGGGAUCUGUGCUUACCCGUUUGCCUGGCCUAAGAACUCGGGCAGGCCGCCGCCAAGCAUGAAUGGGGGCCACGACAUAAUGAAGCCGCCAAAUGGGGAUGUGGGGGCAGACGGGAUGAUCAGUGUGAUUGCCCACGAACUCGCCGAAGUCUGCAGCAACCCGCUCGUGAACGCAUGGUACGCAGGGGAUGACCCCACAGCACCGACCGAGAUCGCCGACCUAUGCGUGGGGGUGUAUGGGAGUGGUGGGGGUGGAGGGUACGUGGGGGCGGUGAACAAGGAUUCAUGGGGGAGCGGGUACAACUUGAAUGGAGUGAACGGGAGGAAGUACCUGGUGCAGUGGGUCUGGAGCCCUGUGAGGAGGAGGUGCUAUGGUCCCAAUGCUCUGGACUGAGGAGGUUGACUUGUGGAGAUGGGUACAUGAUGACUUCAUGAAUGAGUGCCCACUUCUCACUGUCGAUGCUCGGAGACCAGCAUGGCUUGUGGAGACCAUGGCGCUGGAACCGAACGAGGCUGUGUCGGCACACCUUGUGACUGCAGCUCAAUGAAAUUCCUUGUCUUUGCUUCUUUCGACGGUGAGGAUCCGGAGCAACAGUGCUUUGAGAGAGCAUCAUCCUCCUACAACAAAUAAACUCACUAGUGCAGUUCCCUAUAUAUUGCUUCCAUUGUAAUAAUAUAUUUGCUACUGCUUCUUGUAACUCCAUUAGCUUCUUAUUGCUUGAAGUAAAUACGACUAUUGGCUGA